AGUCACCCUGGAGACGCUCCCACGCGCGGCCCGCCGUCGCGCCGCCGUGACGUAUCCCCAGCGCCGCCGCCGUCGGGCUGGGGGGGCGGGGCCGCGGGGCUGGCUGGCAGGCUGGGGGCGGGGCCGGGGUCCAGCUCCGGGCCUCCGCGGCCAUCGCUUUCUGCGCGGUCCGUUCCCCUCGCCCGCUCCCCGCCCUCCCGGGCCGAGUGGGGCCGGGUGGCGUCCGCAGUCUCGCCCCGAGGGACACGGCGGCUUCAGGGGCUGGGCCUCCUUCCAGCGCAAUGUCAGGCACCGCGACAGCUCUGUGAGGCCGCGGCCGUGGCGCUGGGCGGCGGCGGGUCCGGGCCGAGGCCGCUCAUGGUGCCGCCACGACACCAUCGCGGGGCAGGAAGGCCAGGUGCGCUGAGUUCUUCACCUCCUUUUAGACUCAGAUCUGCCAAGUUUUCAGGCAUUGUUCUUGAAGAUCUUAGAAAAGCCUUUAAAAUAAGAUUGCAAAUGGUGUGUGUAUUUAUCAUGAACCGGAUGAAUUCCCAGAGCAGUGGUUUCACUCAGCGCAGGCGAAUGGCUCUUGGGAUUGUUAUUCUCCUACUUGUUGAUGUGAUAUGGGUCGCAUCCUCAGAACUUACUUCGUACGUUUUUACUCAGUACAACAAGCCGUUCUUCAGCACCUUUGCAAAAACGUCUAUGUUUGUUCUAUACCUUUUGGGAUUUAUUAUUUGGAAGCCAUGGAGACAACAAUGUACAAGAGGAUUUCGAGGAAAGCAUGCUGCUUUUUUUGCAGAUGCUGAAGGUUACUUUGCUGCUUGCACAACAGAUACAACUAUGAAUAGUUCUUUGAGUGAACCUCUUUAUGUUCCUGUGAAAUUUCAUGAUAUUCCAAGUGAAAAACCUGAGAACACAAACAUUGAUACUGAAGAAACUCCCAAAAAGUCUCGUGUAAGGUUCAGUAAUAUCAUGGAGAUUCGGCAGCUUCCAUCAAGCCAUGCAUUGGAAGCUAAGUUGUCUCGCAUGUCAUAUCCUACUGUGAAAGAACAAGAAUCCUUAUUCAAAACUGUGGGGAAACUUACUGCAACUCAAGUAGCAAAAAUUAGCUUUUUUUUUUGCUUCGUGUGGUUUCUGGCAAAUUUGUCAUAUCAAGAAGCACUUUCAGACACACAAGUUGCUAUAGUUAAUAUUUUGUCCUCAACUUCUGGACUUUUUACCUUAAUUCUUGCUGCAAUGUUUCCAAGUAACAGUGGAGAUAGAUUUACUCUUUCUAAACUAUUAGCUGUAAUUUUAAGCAUUGGAGGUGUUGUGCUGGUGAACUUAUCAGGGUCUGAAAAAUCUGCUGGAAGAGAUACAAUAGGUUCCAUUUGGUCUCUUGUUGGAGCCAUGCUCUAUGCUGUCUAUAUUGUUAUGAUUAAGAGAAAAGUAGACAGAGAAGAUAAGUUGGAUAUUCCAAUGUUCUUUGGUUUUGUAGGUCUGUUUAAUCUGCUGCUCUUAUGGCCAGGUUUCUUUUUACUUCAUUAUACUGGAUUUGAGGACUUUGAGUUUCCCAAUAAAGUAGUAUUGAUGUGCAUUAUCAUUAAUGGCCUUAUUGGAACAGUUCUCUCAGAGUUCCUGUGGUUGUGGGGCUGCUUUCUUACCUCAUCAUUGAUAGGCACACUUGCACUAAGCCUUACAAUACCUCUGUCCAUAAUAGCUGACAUGUGUAUGCAAAAGGUGCAGUUUUCUUGGUUAUUUUUUGCAGGCGCUAUCCCUGUAUUUUUUUCAUUUUUUAUUGUGACUCUCUUAUGCCAUUAUAAUAAUUGGGAUCCUGUGAUGGUGGGAAUCAGAAGAAUUUUUGCCUUUAUAUGCAGAAAACAUCGAAUUCAGAGGGUUCCAGAAGACAGUGAACAGUGCGAGAGUCUGAUUCCUAUGCACGGUGUUUCUCAGGAGGAUGGAGCUAGUUAGCUGUUGUCUGUAGUCCAGCUUGAUAAUGGAACAUUAUGCAGCGAAGAGACAAUCUCUGGCAAGUUUUUGUAGGAAAUGUUUCAGUGCCUAGUCUGAAAAAUAACAGUUUCAGUUCUUUGGAACUCUAAAAUAUAUUUUCCUCAUAUCUGUUUUCUUCAUUUCAUAAUGAAGUACUUUGCUAUGUAGCUGUGUACAUAUCACUACAGUUAUAGGAAUUUCCAAUCCACAGUCCCUCUAAAGGACCAACCUGCCUUACACAUCUCAAGGAAUUCAGCUGAUGAAAUAAUUUGAACUAAUCAAGGAAUAAAAUUCUGAUGUUCUGGAGACUUUAUUUUCACAUAUUAUUUGUUAAAUGCUGGACUAUAUUAUGAAAAUGUUUUCAAGAAAUCAUUUAAGUAUAUAGAUCAGUGUUUCUUAACAGAUAAAGUGAUGAAGUAAGCUGCCUAUAAUAGGUACGGAUUAUAUUUUUGAGUUUCAUAGAAUAUUGCAAAUUAACAACACAGAAAAAAUGCUUAAUUUUAUGCAAAUGUGUCCAUGUAAAUUUAGUGGGACUUUAAGGAGAAUCCAUAUUUGAGAAACGUCUGGUUCACUCACACUACAUAAACUGUAUUAUCCUUUCCUAGCAUUAGGUGCCUUGUAUUUUAAAUCUGUGAUAAACUAUGACAAAUUUUUAAAGGGGAAGUAUUACUGUAAAAUGAAGAAUUAUGUAUUUCUAAAGGCUCUGUUGCUAUAAAUUUAAUGGAUAAAGCUCUGCUUAAUUAUAGAGUUUUGAAGAAAUAUUCUCUCUUCAAUUAAGACGUUUUCAUAAUGGAAUGAUUUAAAUUGAAGUGAAAAAGUAUUAUUAAAAUAAAAUGUUUAUAUAUAUGUAUUUGUGUAUGACAGAUCUAUUAAUUGGUUUCUGAUUUUUUUUUCGUAUAUAAAUGCCCAAUUAUUCUAGAUCUGGAUGCCUCUAGUUUUCCUAAAUAAAUGUUUAAUGGCUAAAAUACCAAAGAAGGUAGAAAGAGAUUCUACUUUAAAAAUUUCAUUUGAAUUUUUCCUCUACCGAGCUUAAAUAUAAAAUACUCUUAAUUACAACUCUUAAGCUUAGCUUUUAUGUGUACUUCUUGUGCAACUGCCCCUGUUCACUGUAGAACAUCAGUGGAUGAACAUGUCUCUGGAUUCAUCUAGACUUUUGAUGAAUCACCCAUUUCCUUUUCAAGUUAUGUCAGAAUAGUGCAUUUCUCUUCAAAAUUUCUUAAGAGUUCUGACUUUUUAAAUUCCCUCUGCAGUAUUUAGCUUCAGUUUGUCUUACAUUCUUAAAGUUGUUUUGGUGUUACCGUGAGUCUAAAAUGGAGUUUAGCCAUCUUUUUGCUUGUCGUGAGAACUUUUAUAUUAAUUUAAAAGACUGUUUAUGAUAUUAAGUUUAAAAAACAAACAGCUGUUCUCCUAUUUGGCGCCACCAAUAAUUCUUAUUAAGCUGAAAGUAAUACUGAUUUUGUUACCUUGACUUGGAAAAGGCGUGUAAAGAAUGUGGACUUCUAAGGAAUUUUUUUCUUAAAAAGAACUUAAUGAAGUAACAUUUCAAUUGCUCAAAGACUAAUUUCAGUUGAGGUUUAUUAUCUAGAUACUUUACUUUCUGUUUUUGCUGUUUGACAGCUCACCAAUACAUUCAGCAAAUUACAGGGUAAGAUCGUUGAAACAGUGAAGGUAGAAUUCAACUUUUAAAUUAUUCUUUAAAAAUGGUAGGAGAUGAGAUUGAACUUAGAGAUUUUUGGUUAUUCAUUGCUCUGUAUUCACGUGUCAUACAGAUCAGGUGUUGUCACUCAGGACUCAGUCAGCCUUAGUUAACAUGCUGGAUAGAUCUUGCGGAGGACUUCUUCCACUAGGCU